GACAUGUGACAAGUGGCAGAAAUCAAAAUUCAAUUGCAUAUUUUAAUUUUUAAUUUUUAUGCUUUUCUCUUUUCCAUAGCGUAAUCAUAUCAUAAUAAACCUAUGAUUUUUUCAGUCUACGAUUCAUUGUGUAUUUUUAAGUAAAAAAAGUAGGGUAAUUAACUCAUCUUUUUAAAAUGUCUCGACAAACUUCUCGCCUUGAUGCAAAGAAAGUGAAUUCGGAGCUUCUUACACUUACGUACGGUGCUCUUGUGUCUCAAAUGCUCAAAGAAACUGAGAAUCCAGAGGAUGUAAAUAAGCAAUUAGAACGAAUUGGUUACAAUAUGGGCGUAAGACUUAUCGAAGACUUCCUGGCGAGAACGACGUCUACUCGGUGCUUAGAAAUGAGGGAAACUGCUGAUAAAAUACAGCAAGCUUUCAGGUUAUACCUAAACAUGCAGCCUACUGUCACUAGCUGGAGUAGUUCUGGUGAUGAGUUCUCUUUGGUUUGGGACCAGUGUCCGCUGAGCGAGUGGGUGGAAAUGCCCAACAAUGGCCUUAAGUACUGCACUCUGAUACCUGGGGCGAUACGCGGGGCACUACAGAUGGUGCAGCUUGAUGUGCAGUGCUGGUUUGUGCAGGAUCAGCUCAAAGGUGACUCAGUGACUGAACUCCGAGUGAAAUACAUCAAGAGAUUAGAAGAUGCAGUGCCUGCUGGAGAAGAUUAAACCAAAAUAUACUAGCUAGCUGCCUACUACUUUGUCUGCGUUGAUAUUAAUGUGAAUGUGCUUUAAAUACAUCUAAACCUUCAUUGAUGCCAAUGUGGUUGUACGUAAUCUUUGAACUAUACUAAAGGCAAGUAUACUGUUUUGGUGAGACAGAGAAAAUCGCGUCAAAAGCCACAUAAAAGUUUAAAAGCUAUGAGCAAAUUUACAGACAAAAUAGCGAUUAUGGCUUUGUUUUGUACUAUUUUGAGUAAACAGUCAUUAUUCUAGACCUAGUAACUAGUUUAUACUAGAAUAUUAUAUUAUUAAGUAUUAAGUUAAUCUCUAAAUUCCAUUUAUUUUAAUAAGUAUUCUUACAUAUAAAAAGUUCUCUAUUAUUAAAACUGUUAUAUUGUAA